AUGGCUUCAGGCUCUCGUUACACCCCACUGGCAGAGGACGACUUUGAGUCGAAAGACCCGGGUCCACACACCCACCCGGCUCCAUCACUGGCACACAUCCACCCGGCUUCACCCACUGCCACGCUUCAAGCGUACCCGGAGAUUCAAUGGAUCUACGCUGGUGUUAAACAUGACUCGUUAGAAAACGCUAUCCGCGCCUCGGCAAAUAGUUUAGGCAUCACCAACCCAGCUUACGUCGACUGGACCAUCUCUGUGACAAGGGACAUCACCCAGCGGGAAAUAGUUAAUGUUUACAACAUCCUCGGCAGCAAGAUAUACGAACAUCGGAACGACUUCCUCAACGAGAGCGACACCACCCACGCCACCUUCAAGGAGUUAGACAUGUCUAUGACAGGCCUUCACACCAAGGCUGACACUGCUGGGAACCUCGCUCUCAAAGCCGUUGAAGAGAACAAACAGCUGACGGCGGAACUGGUUGCUGUCAAUGCGGAUCUGGAGGUUCUCAACCGGAAUAACACGGAGCUCGUCAAACGGUACAAGGAACUCGCAGCCAAGUUUAUACAGUUGGAGCAAGGCCUGGCAACCCACACCACGCUCGGUAACCACCCAAGUACAAGGGCAACAAAGGCUCAGACAUCACUCUUGUACUUGGAAGGUGGUGCGCACGACUACGUCGAGGACUACGUCGAGACAGCAUCAAACGGCGGAACCCUUGGAUCCUGGACCGACUUCGUCAACCGGCUCAAGGCAGGCUACCGUCAACUGGCUCCCGAGAAGACCGCGCAAACAUCCCUCGAGGAGUGGUGCUCAAAACCUCGCUCCACGGUCAUUCAGUUUGCUGAGAACUUUCGCCACUGUUGGCAGCAGUGGUGUGAUCUGGUCGAUAAUGGCGAAUUGGGCGCAGAUAGCCCAGACAGAACAAAGCCCCACCCAGGCCUCAAACACAAACCGAAGAGGCUCGUCACCAUACGGACUAAAGAGCAGGUUGGCAAGAACUCGCAGAUCCUUAUGGUUAUAACGGCAAUGCGGCAAGUCAACCCGAUGCUGAUUCUGACGAAAUGGGAGCACUACCUGGACUGGUCGCCCCCCCGGGACCCCAAUGUCAUGGAUGUCGACGCAAUGCGCAAGCCGGAGAGGCUCUCCAAGGAACAACUCGAAUGGCUCGACAAGAAGCUCUGUUUCCGCUGCGGCAAGCACAAGUUUACGACUGGCCAGAAUUGUCGCAACCCUCAGUACACGGGUUACUACGAACUCCCGGACAUGAAGAAGCAACCGGCCGCUCCGACCAAGGUACGCACGCUGGACACGGCCGAUGAGGACAAAUGGGAGUACAUCCGUCAGGCCCUCGAGGAGUUUGAAACCACCAAGGGAAAAGGCAAAGGCAAGGCACCGGAAACCGAGACCGCCGCACGCAUCGUCGAGGUCAAGGAAUCUGAGGAGGAGUUUCUGGAACGGGUACUUUGA